AUGAGAAAUUAUCCAUAUAAAUACAUUUUAAGUAUUCUAUUCUUGAUUCUUGAAAUAUUUCCGAUAUCAACUCUUUCAGAAUCAAGAAAUUUUACUCGAUUGAAUCAAAUAAAUGUUUGCCCUGCUCCAUUGAUAGCUUCACCUAUAUAUAAUUAUACCGGCCAAACAUGUUUUGGAGGAUGUUGCAUUCCGUGCCCCUACAUAAAUAAUUUCUAUCCAGAGGGUCAUAUAGAUAUGAUAUAUACAGUUUUAAGCGUUUUAAGAGUUAUUUCAUUUGUUUGUAUUGCAAUUAUCGUAUUGAGUUAUUUGGUGCUGCCAAAUAAAAGAGAGCAUCCGGCUAUGAUCGUUCUUAUUUUUAAUAUUUGUCUCCUGGCAUUCAUCGGUAUCAAUUUUUUUUACAUUGGAAACCAUAAAAGUAUUCAAUGUGCUGAUGACUUCACUCAAUCAACCAUGAAAAACAAUGUUCUUUGCGGUGUACAAGCCAUCACAAAUAAUAUUUCAUUCGAUUUUGGUGCCGUCUGUAUGGUUUCCAAAAAUAUCUCUAAAGAAUUAUUCUGGGCCCCACUGGCCAUGUUUGUUAUACCUGCGUUUUUAAUUCAUAUUGUAACAUUUAUUUAUGUUGCUAAGGCACAAUGGAUGUUGGCACGUGAUUUCGAAGAUUCAUCCUUAGGAACGAUCGUAACAAACUCAACUGGCACUUUAGAUCAUGUCACUAGUCAAGAUGUUUUGAAUGUCAUUAAAAUUCAAUGGCGCUCUUUAUUAUUAGCGAUGGUUUUAUUGAUUACUUACAUUAUCUUUAUGGUAACUUUGACGGCAACAAGUCAAUUAUCUCCACUUUUAUCUUCCACAACCGAUGUUGAUUCAUGGAUAAUUGAUUGGCUAAACUGCCUUAAGAAUCAUUUGUCAACAAAUGAUGGUCAAAAUCAAUGUGCAUAUAUUCCAAAUGGACACAUUCCGAAUAUUGUUUUCUUAACUAUAGCAGAACUAUUAACAGCAUCAGUGGGUAUAUCUAUUUUCUUGGUGUUUGGAACUAGUGUUGGUCUUUUGAUGGAAUGGAAAAAUUGGUUUACUAAAAUUUUUGGACGUGUUGAAAAACAUAGUAGUAACAUAUUUUUGUAA